AUGUCGUCAUCGCCAGCGCCUGGGGCAGGAGGACAGAGCCCUACCCGUUGCCGGUGCCGGCCUUGUGUCUUGGAAUUACUUCGCUCAAGUAAGAGCGAGACCGCGAGCAGCGCCAUGAGCAACACCACCAUCGUCCCCAGCACUGCGGGCCCGGGCCCCAGCGGCGGGCCGGGGGGCGGCGGCGGCGGCGGCGGAGGCGGCGGCACCGAGGUAAUCCAGGUGACUAAUGUCUCCCCGAGCGCUAGCUCUGAGCAGAUGCGGACCCUCUUCGGUUUCCUAGGCAAGAUCGACGAACUGCGCCUCUUCCCGCCUGAUGAUUCGCCUUUACCAGUCUCCUCCCGAGUCUGCUUUGUUAAGUUCCAUGAUCCGGACUCAGCAGUUGUGGCACAGCAUCUGACAAACACUGUAUUCGUUGACAGAGCUUUGAUAGUCGUACCAUAUGCAGAAGGAGUUAUUCCUGAUGAGACUAAGGCUUUGUCUCUGUUGGCACCAGCUAAUGCAGUGGCAGGUCUUCUGCCUGGUGGUGGACUUCUGCCUACUCCUAACCCGCUUACCCAGAUUGGCGCUGUUCCAUUGGCUGCUUUGGGAGCUCCUACCCUUGAUCCUGCCCUUGCUGCCCUUGGGCUUCCUGGAGCUAACUUGAACUCACAGUCUCUUGCUGCAGAUCAGUUGCUGAAACUUAUGAGUACUGUUGAUCCCAAAUUGAAUCAUGUCGCUGCUGGUCUUGUUUCACCAAGUCUGAAAUCAGAUACCUCUAGUAAAGAAAUAGAGGAAGCCAUGAAGAGAGUACGAGAAGCACAGUCCCUAAUUUCUGCUGCUAUAGAACCAGAUAAGAAAGAAGAAAAACGAAGGCACUCAAGGUCAAGAUCACGUUCUAGGAGGAGGAGGACUCCCUCAUCUUCCAGACACAGGCGGUCAAGAAGCAGAUCAAGAAGGCGAUCACAUUCUAAGUCCAGGAGUAGACGACGAUCCAAAAGUCCAAGACGGAGAAGAUCGCAUUCCAGAGAGAGGGGUAGAAGGUCAAGGAGCACGUCAAAAAACAGAGACAAAAAGAAAGAAGACAAAGAAAAAAAACGUUCCAAAACACCACCAAAAAGUUAUAGCACAGCCAGACGUUCCAGAAGUGCUAGCAGAGAGAGACGACGACGAAGAAGCAGAAGUGGCACAAGAUCUCCUAAAAAGCCUAGGUCUCCCAAAAGAAAAUUGUCUCGCUCACCAUCCCCUAGGAGACAUAAAAAGGAGAAGAAGAAAGAUAAAGACAGAGAAAGAAGCAGAGAUGAAAGAGAGCGAUCCACAAGCAAGAAGAAAAAAAGUAAAGAUAAGGAAAAGGAACGGGAAAGAAAAUCAGAGAGUGAUAAAGAUGUAAAAGUUACACGGGACUACGAUGAAGAGGAGCAGGGGUAUGACAGCGAGAAGGAGAAAAGGGAGGAGAAGAAACCAGCAGAGCCAGGUUCUCCUAAAACAAAAGAGUGUUCUGUGGAAAAGGGAGCUGGUGAUGCACUAAGAGAAUCCAAAGUGAAUGGGGAUGAUCAUCAUGAAGAAGACAUGGAUAUGAGUGACUAA